AAUAAUGAUAUGAUGGAUAAACUUAGACUGGGAGAGUCAGUUUCUAUAGUUGAAGCCAAAGUAGAAUGUAUCAACAAUGUCUUCAAGUUUGUGUCUGUGGAAAGACUUCUUAUGGAAACUAGUCUGAAUAUGGGAACAGCUUUCCCAUUUCUCCUUUCUUAUAAGCUGUUAUUUAUCUAUUUCAUUCAUUCUUUGUAGCAACAGGGAAACCAUGUCAAACUGGAUAUCAUAUUACAGAAAUGAGGGAGAGGAGGAGGAGGAAGAGGAAGCAGCAGCAGCUGAAACCAUUGGAGAAUAUAAAUAUGGAGGUCAAGACACUUUGCUUUUCUUAGUGGAUGGCUCAAGAGCCAUGUUUGAUUCCUUUGAUGAUAGUAAUUUGACCCCUUUUGAUAUGACAAUUCAGUGCAUUCAGAAUGUAUACAAAAACAAGAUCAUCAGCCAUGAGAGAGACCUUGUUGGUGUUGUGUUUUAUGGAACUGAGCAACAUAAAAAUUCAAUGGAUUCUAAACACACAUAUGUUCUACAGGAGUUGUACAAUCCAGGGGCAAAGCGGGUAUUAGAGCUGGCCAGCUAUGAAGGAGAACAAGGAAAAGCCCUCUUCCAGAAGUCAUUUGGCCAUAGUGUUAACUACUCAUUAGGUGAGGUCCUCUGGGUUUGUUCUAAUCUCUUCAGUGGAGUCCAUCUCAAGAUGAGCCACAAGAGAAUCAUGCUGUUCACCAAUGAAGAUGACCCUCAUGGUCAAGACAGUACUAAAGCCAAAUUUGCUAGAACUAAAGCUGCUGACCUACGAGACACAGGUAUUUACCUUGACUUAAUGAACCUAAAGAAGCCUGGAGGGUUUGAUAUUUCCUUAUUCUACAGAGAUAUCAUUAAUACAGCAGAUGAUGAGGACUUAGGAAUCCAGUUUGAUGAGUCUUGCAAAUUGGAGGACCUUAUGAAAAAAGUACGAGCAAAAGAAACAAGGAAGCGAAUUUUAAGUAGGCUGAAUUUGUAUUUGGGAAAAGAUUUAACUCUUACUGUUGGCAUUUUCAACUUAGUCCAGAAGGCUGUCAAGCAGCCUCCAGUGAAACUUUACAGAGAAACUAAUGAGCCACUGAAAACAAAAACGCGAACCUUUAACCGAGAGACAGGUAGUUUGCUUCUUCCUAGUGACACCAAGAGGGCUCAGACUUAUGGGAAUCGUCAGAUUGUGCUGGAGAAAGAAGAGACGGAAGAAAUAAAAAGAUUUGAUUCACCGGGCUUGUAUCUAAUUGGGUUUAAACCCUUGGUAAUGCUGAAACAAUAUCACUAUAUCAAGCCUGCACAGUUCAUCUAUCCUGAUGAGUUCUUAAUGAAUGGAAGUACUACUCUGUUUAAUGCUUUGUUAACAAAGUGUAUGGAGAAAGGAGUGAUGGCCAUAUGUAGAUGCACCCCUCGUCAAAACAGCCCUCCCAGGUUUAUAGCCCUGGUCCCUCAAGAAGAAGAGCUGGAUGAGCAGAAUGUACAAAUAGUCCCUGCAGGUUUUCAUCUCAUUUUUCUACCUUAUGCUGAUGACAAACGAAAAAUUGACUUUACUGAGAAGGUCCCAGCUAAUCAAGAACAAGUGAGCAAAAUGAAGGAAAUAAUCCAGAAGCUUCGAUUCAAGUACAGAAGUGAGAGUUUUGAAAAUCCAGUACUACAACAGCAUUAUAUGAACUUGGAAGCACUGGCGCUGGACUUGAUGGAGCCUGAAAAAGCUGAGGAUCUGACAGUUCCCAAGGUUGAGCUAAUGGAUUGCCGACUGGGUAAUCUUGCAGAGGAGUUCGAACAACUUGUUUAUCCACCAGGCUAUGAUCCUGAUGGGAAAGCUACAAAACGAAAACAAGCAGGUAAUGGUACUGAACAACCAGAAAAGAAAGCUAAGAUAGAACUUUCUGAAGAGGAACUGAGGAAUCACGUUCAUAAAGGCACUUUGGGUAAACUUACUGUGCCAAUUCUAAAGGAGGUAUGCAGGAUUUAUAAGCUAACAGGAGGUGGAAAGAAGCAAGAACUUUUAGAUGUAAUAACUGCACACUUCAGUAAGCACUGAGUUUGGUGCAGACCCCCCAACUGUUUCAAACAUUUUAAUCCUAAAUGUUGAGAUUUUGAAGAGAGAAACUGGGUAUAAUAUUUUCAUAAUCAUUUGAUAAAAGAGAGUGAGAAUCAGGUUUUUCUUUGUGAAAUUAAUAGAAGAAAGCCCUUCUCUCUCCACAUCUUGUUCUAGAUUUGAUUGUGCAACUUUCAUGCAUCUUUAAUAAAUGAGCUUGUUUUGCC